AUGGUGAAUCCAUGGAAAAUGUACGUUAAGCUUUCUGCUGUUCUUAUGGGUUCUCAUGGAUUAACAAAAGGAUCCUUGGCUUAUCUCAAUUAUCCUGUUCAACUAAUGUUCAAAUCAACCAAGGUUUUACCUAUUAUGAUCAUGGGAGCUUUCAUUCCUGGUUUGAGAAGAAAGUAUCUCCCACGUGAAUAUUUUUCUGUUGUUCUUCUUGUUGUUGGAUUGAUCCUCUUCACAUUAGCUGAUGCCAAUAAUUCUCCAAAUUUUAGUAUUAUUGGUGUUGUGAUGGAUGAAGCAGUUGGCUUUACUUAUGAAGAGGCUUAUUUUACAUUACAAGACUUGAAAGGAAGCAAGCUCUCUGGAAGCACUUUCAAUAUCCUCUUUAACCUUAAUAAGUUCAUGGCCUUUGAAUCCCGUGACCCCUUUCUCAUUCGCCAGGAACGUGAGAAUCCAAGAUUGACUGAAUGGGAUUGGUUUGCACAUCGGGAAUAUAUAAGGCUUUCAAUGGAGGAAGAUGCAAAUGAUACAUCUAAUGGUAGUGGGGAUGUAUGGGAUGAGUCUCUUGAGGCUCCAUUUUGA